AUUCUUUUUUUUCAAUCUCUUCACACCAGAAUCGUGAAGAAAUUUAAGUGUACCUAAGCUGCCAUCAUAAGAAGAAGAAGAAGAAAAAUGCAUGCUGGCUGCUGCUAACGGCUGAACAAAACCCCUCUGUCCGUUUUUUUCUCCCACUUUUUACUGACAGCCCCGUUAUAUAUCAGUUCUCUUUCUUCAUUUUCACAAUCCUUACAUUUUGUUAUUAACGCAAAAAUUCUGUUUAUGGCCAACGAUGUUUUUUAUUUAUUGAUUCCUUUAAACCCCUUUAUAGACAGUGGAAACCAAUGAAGAAUUUAAUUUUGUAUUGAAAAGGAGAGAAUUAAAUAUUUUUUUAAAGAUUUAAUUUAGAAUAUUUUUUAAAAAAAUUCUUUUUAAAAAUAUGUUAAUUAUUGAAUUAUCGAAAAAAUGGUUGUAAGCCCUGGACAGCCGAAUAAUAUGAUGACUAAUAGCAACAAUCAAAUGGCUGCAACUGCAAUUUCUCAGCAACAACAAAUCCAAAUGAAUAAUGCAACUUCUACAAAAUUUAGUGACAAUUAUGAUGUUAAGGAAGAAUUGGGAAAAUUUGCUGCCAAAAUUAUUAAUACUCGAAAAUUGUCUUCAAGAGAUUUUCAAAAACUUGAACGUGAGGCCAGAAUUUGUAGAAAAUUAAAACACUCAAAUAUUGUUCGUCUUCAUGAUAGUAUACAAGAAGAAGGAUUUCAUUACCUCGUUUUUGAUCUAGUUACCGGUGGUGAACUUUUUGAAGAUAUUGUUGCUCGGGAAUUUUAUAGUGAAGCUGAUGCUAGUCAAUGUAUUCAACAAAUACUUGAAUCAAUUGCUUAUUGUCACGAUAAUAGUGUUGUACAUCGAGAUUUAAAACCAGAAAAUUUAUUACUUGCCAGUCGUGCUAAAGGAGCUUCUGUUAAAUUAGCUGAUUUUGGCCUUGCAAUUGAAGUAAAGGGAGAGGAUGAAGCUUGGUAUGGAUUUGCCGGCACUCCAGGCUAUUUAUCCCCGGAAGUACUUAAAAAAGAUCCAUAUGGAAAGCCUGUAGACAUUUGGGCAUGUGGUGUAAUUCUUUAUAUUUUACUUGUUGGGUAUCCUCCUUUUUGGGAUGAAGACCAACUUCGGUUAUAUGCCCAAAUUAAAAAUGGCGCUUACGAUUAUCCAACACCCGAAUGGGACACUGUUACACCAGAAGCUAAAGCACUUAUUGAUGCAAUGUUAACAUUAAAUCCAAAAAAGAGAAUCACAGCCCAAGAAGCUUUGAAAGUGCCUUGGAUUUGUGAUAGACAAAGAGUAGCAUCAAUGAUGCAUCGUCAAGAUACUGUUGAUUGUUUGCGUAAAUUCAAUGCCAGACGUAAAUUAAAGGCAGUAAUUUCUGCUGUGACAAUGGUCAAUAGGAUGUCUAAUGCCUUUCGAAUUACACCACAAAGCAGCCGCUCAACUCCAACACCUCCACCCAUUACCACUUCAUCUCUCGACUCUGUAGAUAGAGAAGGAAAUACUCCAAAUAAUAAAAAUGAGGGAAUUGGUUGGCGCUAUCCAGCUUCUGUUAAAAAUACAGCUGCCACUCAAAAUGUUGAUAUUAAUAAUUGUUCUGUCAUUGGUUGGCGUCCAGAAAUGACAGUUAAUCCUUCAGCAGUCCAAAACUUCGCUGAAUCUUUGCCACCGAAAAGGUCUGAUUCAGCACCUACAAUUGCAGAGGAACAGCAAAACGAGGGUGCCAUCCUAACAACAAUGAUAGCAACUAGAAAUAUGUCAAGUCGAAAUUUGUUGAAUAAAAAAGACGUGCCGCCAAGUACAAUCAAGGAGUCUACAGAAUCUUCGCAAACUAUUGACGAUUCUGAUGGUUUGGGUACCAGCUCAACAGCAGAUAAAGGUGAUUGAGUGUUUGAAAGAAGUAGUUUAUAUUUUUUGGUUUUUGUGGUUUUGUAUUUAACAUUUAAGUUUGCUGUGAACUGGGGGGUUUUUUGGGAAAUUUUAGAGUAGCCAAAAUAUUUUUU